AUGUCGGCGGAGACCGAUGCACCGUUCAACAACGUGGAAAUAAGUAACGAGAACCGGGAAGAGGAAGAUCUAUUCGCCUCGGCGGUACAGGAGGUCAGUCUAGAUCCUGAAAUUAAUGGUACUCAAGAUGGAUUAGAAAAGUCUACAAUAGAUGAUAUUUCGGUUUCAUCACCCGCUACUAUUGGCAGUUCUAUUAUGGAAGAAAUAGCCACAGAACGUUCUAACAAUAUUAUAAUAACAAUAACUGAGCCUCAAAAGAUUGGUGAAGGGAUGAGCUCAUAUGUAGCCUACCGCGUCAUCACAAAAACAAACAUGCCGAUCUUUAGCAAAUUAGAUUUUGCUGUUCUAAGGAGAUUCUCCGAUUUUCUAGGACUUCAUGAGAAAUUGACUGAGAAAUACUUGCGAUCUGGUAGAAUUAUACCUCCCGCUCCAGAGAAAAGUAUCAUGGGAACAACAAAAUUGAAGAUGUCAUCCACUCCGUCUACCGAGAGUGCUAAUGGCUCCCCGUCGGUACAAUCACAGUUUGUAGAACGAAGACGAGCUGCCCUGGAGAGGUUCCUGAACAGAGUAGCUCAACAUCCUGUACUGUGUAUUGAUCCUGAUUUCAGAGAGUUUUUGGAGUCUGAUACUGAACUACCAAAGGCCACAAGUACAUCAGCAUUAAGUGGAGCCGGCAUGCUGCGACUCUUCAAUAAAGUUGGGGAAACAGUUAACAAGAUCACAUACAGAAUGGAUGAGUCAGAUCCUUGGUUCGAGGAGCGCGUAGCUCGUAUUGAGUCUUUGGAGAGCGGUCUUCGUCGUCUGUGUGGUGCUUGUGAGGCGCUUGCUACUGAGAGGCGCGAGCUGGCGGGGCGAGCUCAUGAGGCGGCAAGAGCCAUCGCAGCAGCCGCCGCCGCUGACCCGCACGCACCACUAUCGCGAGCUCUCUCACACCUAUCUGAUCUACAUGAGAAAAUAGAACAUUUAAGGAAUGAACAAGCCAAUACAGACUUCUAUGUUCUAACCGAACACAUUAAAGAUUAUCUUGGAUUAAUUGGAGCUAUCAAAGAUGUGUUCCAUGAAAGAGUUAAGGUGUUUCAACAUUGGCAACAUUCACAAAUGCAGUUAACGAAGCGAAGGGAAAACAAAGCAAAAGCGGAAUUAGCAAACCGUCCGGAGAAAAUUGAACAGGCGGCUAAUGAAAUUAUUGAGUGGGAGUCUAAAGUGGAACGUGGGCAACAGGAGUUUGAUACAAUGUCGAGGGUUAUCAAGAAGGAACUGGAACGCUUUGAAGAGAUCCGCCUCGACCAACUAAGAGACACGCUGCUGCGGUAUCUUGACGAACAUAUGAAACACCAGGCACAGGCUAUUCGGUACUGGGAUGCUUUCCUUCCCGAAGCCCGCGCCAUCAAAUGA